CCUAUUGAUAUGCCAAAUCCAUACAAACCGAGGCCUCGUUACUGCUUCUUGUGUCGAAAUAAUCUGGAGAUUGACUAUAAGAAUGUGCAAUUCUUAUCCCAAUUCGUUUCCUCGUAUACUGGUCGGGUUUAUGGCCGUCACAUAACUGGUCUCUGUAUUCCCAUGCAGAAGCGUAUUGCAGCGUUGAUAGAAAGAGCUCGCAAGUUUGGUUUCAUGGCCAACGAGUCAAAGGAGACGGUGUUCUUCAAUGAUCCCUCCAUUCUUGCACAUAAGCGGGUAUAG